GACAGAAGCACAUUUCUCGUUCUCCGUUGAACACGCACGUAAGUUAAAAGCAUAACACAUUCAAUACGUAUCUAUCUAUCUUUUUCUAACUUUCUUUCAACGCGUAUACAUAUAUUUAUCUAAAUACUCCUUUUGCAUUCUUAAAUAUGAUUACCCGCAAUCGUAGUGUUGUGUCGUAUAGAAAACCAAGUGUACGUAUAUAGAUAUGUAUGUACAUAUUUGGUAGAUGAUUUGGUGAUAAUAAGAUCAGUCUUCUUAGUACAAUCGUGGAAGAAAAGACACACAACAAGCAUCAGUUUAAUUGUAUCACUUUGUUAUUUAUCUCUGUGAUAUCGUGAAUAAGGAUGAUUAUGUAUGUGAAUGAAAGUGUCGUAAUACUGGGUGUUGUACUUUAAAAAGACAUCAAAGAAAAUAUUUCGGGAUCUUUCUUUGUCCUUAAGAAGAAAAAGAUGAAUAAGAAGAAUUGAAUUGAAUUGAAUUUGUGUAUACCAAGAUGAAGCUUUUCAACGUCAAUUUUCACACACUUUGAAAGAGUCGGUUUCGUAAAACAUUGACGACAAGAAAUCAUCAAAGGUGUCGGUGGUAUUGCUGAAAAUUCGUUGCUGUUGUGUUCCUGUCCUUUGUUUAUUAAUUAUAACACAUAUAUAUGAACAUUUCAAAAAUGUAUAGUCAAAAAGGAUGAGUGGACACGUUGGUUCAAAUAUCGUGGAAAGUAGUCAAGUAGUUCUGAAGAGGACUUAUAGUUGUGUCAAACGUACCUGCUAGUAGGUGGAGGAACACAUCCAUGACACAACCUACUCAAUCUUCAUCACGAUCCGAUAUUAACUUGGAUCAAACCACGAAAACAGAAGAAUGCAAGGAAAACAUUUCGAACGUGCAAAGGGUAUGGACCAGUUUAUUGGCUGGUGCAACAGCAGGUGGUUUAGCAAAGACAGUGAUAGCACCAUUAGAUCGUACAAAGAUCAAUUUUCAAAUUUCACAAAAACCAUACUCGGCAAAAGCUGCUGUAGUUUUCCUUAUCAAUUCAUUUCAAAAGGAAGGAUUAUUGAGUUUAUGGCGAGGUAACAGUGCAACUAUGGCUAGGAUUGUUCCAUAUGCAGCUAUUCAAUUUACAGCUCAUGAACAAUGGAAGAGAAUACUUCAAGUUGAAAAUCCAGAAACAGCUGUACCUGUAAAAAGAUUAAUGGCGGGUUCUUUAGCUGGUGUUACGUCACAGGGUUUAACUUAUCCUCUUGAUCUCGUACGUGCACGUAUGGCAGUGACAUUGAAAAGUGAAUAUAAAACUUUAAGACAAAUGAUUCUAAGGAUUUAUAAGGAUGAAGGUUUUUUAGCAUUUUAUCGUGGUUUUACACCAACGAUGUUAGGUGUUAUACCAUACGCUGGAACAAGUUUCUUUACUUAUGAUACUCUCAAACACCUAGUUGCAGAAUAUUCCCAUUAUACAUCUGAAAUCCCUGGAAUGACAACUGCCUUGUCACUUCUUUGUGGUGCAGUAGCUGGUGUAGUAGGACAAACUAGCAGUUAUCCUUUGGAUAUUGUAAGAAGAAGAAUGCAAACUGCUGCCAUAAAGAAUCGUCAUUAUCAGACUGUUACCUCAACCAUAGUUAAAAUAUACAAAGAGGAAGGACUGAUGGCUUUUUUCAAAGGAUUAAGUAUGAAUUGGGUUAAGGGUCCAAUAGCAGUAGGCAUCAGUUUUGCAACAUACGACAGGAUACGUGAUAUUUUACGAAAAAUUAUUUGCGGAACAAAUGUGUCAGAUUAAAAAUAGACAUUGAUUAUAAUAAUAUUAAUAAUAAUAAUAAUAAUGAAGAAGAACAAGAAGAAGAAACAGAGAGAGAGAGAGAGAGAGAGAGAGAGAGAAAUGAAGAAUUCAAUCUUGCGUCAACUAUUGUUGAUUCGAGUACAACAUUUUUAAUUAAAAAUUCGAUCUCCUUUUGUUUCUUGAAAGGAUAAUAAUAAUCAUCCUUUCAAAACUUAUAUAGAUCAUUUCAUUGAUCAUCUAUCUAUCAUCGAUUAAGAUGAACCUUUAUUUUUUUUUGUUUCUUGUUAAUUAAACUCGAUAGAAAAAUAUAAUGCGAUAUAUAUUCGCACUCACGUGUCGAUAUAUAAAAGAAAAUGAUGAUGAUGAUGAUGAUGAUGAUGAUGAAGAAUUAUUAGUAAAAAUUGUUAAAUGUU